AUGAACGGCAAACUCGUGUCCAUCCUGGCUCUCCUCCUCAUUUCAGCUGCUGUGUCUCAAGGUAAGCCUCUACUCAGGAUGGGAACCGAACUCCGGUGCCAGUGCAUAGCCACUCACUCCAGGUUCAUCCCUCCAAAGUCCAUCCUGGAUGUGAAGCUGACACAGAGUGGCCCCCACUGCAAGAAUGUUGAAGUGAUAGCUACUCUGAAGGAUGGCAGAGAGGUGUGCUUGGAGCCCACUGCUCCCUGGGUGCAGCUGAUCGUGAAGGCAAUUUUUGCCAAGGCUCAACAAAACUCUGACUCACCGCUCUAA